UGAGUAACAAGUUUGUCUUUGCUGCAAAGUACAGUAAGUGAACUGCUGGGAAUCAUCUACUUUGAACAGGUCCUGGCUCAGUGACCUCUCAGAUGUGUGAGCUGCAUGAUGGCUGCGUCAGUUGGGGAGAGCCAGCUCCAGAGGAUUAUCCGAGAUCUGCACGAUGCGGUGACAGAGCUGAGCAAGGAGUACAGAGAAAGUGGAGAGCCAAUAACUGACGACAGCCCUAACCUGCACAAGUUUUCUUACAAAUUGGAGUAUUUAUUGCAGUUUGACCAGAAGGAAAAGACAACUUUCCUCGGGACAAGGAAAGACUACUGGGAUUAUUUCAGUGACUGCCUGACCAAGAUAAAAGGAGCUAAUGAUGGAAUCCGCUUUGUCAAGUCCAUCCCAGAGUUCAAGACCUCUCUGGGCAAAGGAAGAGCUUUCAUCCGGUACUCCCUGGUACAUCAGCGCCUGGCAGAUACUCUUCAGCAGUGUCUGAUGAAUGAAAAGGUCACAAGUGACUGGUAUUAUGCUCGGAGUCCAUUUCUCAAGCCUCAUCUCAAUGUGGACAUCAUUAACCAUCUUUAUGAGCUGAAUGAGGUUCAGUUUGACAUUGCUUCAAGGGGCUACGAUCUAGAUGCCGCCUGGCCAACAUUUGCAAGGAGAACGCUGGGCCUGGCAAAUUCUCCAUCGCACUUUUGGAAACCGCCAAGCCGCAGCUCCAGCAUCAGCAGUUUGGUUAGCGGCUACUCGCAGGCACACGAUAUUCCUUCUAGUCCUGAUUUUAACCACACUUUGAUGAGCGAGCCCACAAGUGAGGUGGAUGACCUGCGCCUUGAGCUUGACCAGUCCGAACUGAAACAACGGGAACUUCAGGACAGGAUCCAGCAGCUGGAACGGGAGAAGCAGAACCUGCUGAAAGCUAGCAACGUCCAGGACGGGCUCCCAGAACAUGAGAGUAACCUUGGGCAAGACAGCUCCCAGCUGAGGAAAAUGGUGGAAGACCUGCAAAAACAGCUGGAGGUUGCGCUGUCUUCCCAAAGGACCGUUCAUGACCUGCAGCAGUGUCUGAAAACUCUGGAGGACAACUCAUCUGAGAAGCAGAGGGAGCUGGAAAAAAUCAACAAGGACUACGCUAUCCAACUGCAGGUAUUAACCCAAGAGCUAGAGUCCCUCAGGGUUAAAGAAAGUUCUGCCAGUGACCUCCAGGCUAAGAUCGGUAGCGUAGAACAAAAGAACGUGGAGCUCCUGGCUAAGCUUGACGGGGUCUUAAGUGAAAAGGGCCAGCAGAUAGCAAGAGAUUAUGACUCGGCCCAGAAGAUCCACGAGCUACUGGACAAGCUGAACAAAGCUGAGAAGGAGAAGACUGAGGCACAGAAGCAGAGUGAGGAGAGGGGAAAGUGCGUCGAGAAACUGACAGAAGAGCUGAGCCUGAAACACGCCGCAGCGAGGGAAAGUGAGUUAAAGCUCGGCAUGCUUUCGGCAACAGCAGAGGAAGAGCGUUCUAAAGUUGUCAGGCAAGUUGAAGACCUUAAAGCUGCCAUAGAAAAGUUACAAGGCGCUCUUACAAUAAAGGAGAAAGAAUCUUCGAAUUUACAGAUGCAGUUGCAGGAUGCACAGAGUUACUCGGAAACGCUAGAAAAGAAGACUGAGGAGCUGAAGAAAAAGGCUUUGGAGGAAAAUACAGAGUUGCAACUGAAGUAUACCAAUGUGAAAGAAAUCCUUGAAGGACAGAUAUCUUCUCUCACUGAACAGCUGAAGGCCAAAGAAAAAGAGUUUUCAACCAGCAAUAAAAAUGUCCAGCAUUUGGAGGAACAGAUCAAAAGGCUUAUUAACGAAAAGGAAGGUCUAAAUAACACUGUUCUCGAGUUAGAGGCAAACGUGAAGGAGCAGUCAAUACAACUGGAGGAUUAUAAAACUGAAUGCACAAACCUGAAGGUACAAAAUGAAAAAUUUCUUCAGGCUGCGAAGAGGAACGAAGAUUUAAACAAGGAACUUAUGGAAAACAGAGCAGCCCUGGAAGAUCAGCUAGCUUGUCUGAGGGCAUCCGAGAAACAGUUGAGGAGUCAAAUUGAAGACGCCAAAGUUUCAGUGGAUGAGAAGGAAAAGAAACUCAGGGAAGAGAACAGACAUUUAGAUGAGAGCUAUCAGAAAGCUGUAAUGCAAAACGAAGUAUUGGAAGAGGGAUUAAAAAAGCUGGAGGUUGAGAAUGAAGAACUGAAGCAAGAACAAGCCAAUCAGAAGGAGACGUUUUCUGCUCGGCAAGUAGAGCUGCGCAGUGCGAAACAUAUGGUUUCAGAGCUAGAAAAGAAUAUUACGGCAUUGAAAAGCAGUGAGAACUUCCUACAGGAGCAGCUUCAGUCCAAAUGUAGCCUUCUGGAAGAGAAGGAACAGUUGUGUGAUGAGCUGUUAGGCAAAAUUGAGAUGUAUGAAAAUAAGGUAAAGGAAAUGGAGACUGAGAAGUCCAAGGCAGAGACCGUAUGUGCCCAGCAGUCCGAGUUAAUUGCGUCAAUUACAGCACAGAAAGCAGCAGUAGAAAAGGUACAGCUGGAUCAGAAAGCAAAUAUAGCCAAAGAGGUGAAUGAUGUGAAAACAAAACUGUUAGUGACGGAGAAUCAGCUGGGACUAAAUGUGCAAGAGGUUUCAAGACUGCAGGCGGAGGUUCUAGAUCUCCGAUCUAAAGUUCAGAGCGUCUCCGACGACAAGCUGAAAGCUCAGGCCAAGUUGGAUGUGACCGAGGCGUCGCGCGAUGAAUUCAAAAUCCUGACAGAGCAGCUGAAGGAGCAGAUCGAGCAGCUUAACCGGGAGCACGUCCAGGAGCUGUUGAGCUGCAAAGAAAAGGAAGAGCGUUUGAGGAAAGAGAAAGAAUGCGAAACUGCAGCUAAGGCUGACCUUGAGAAGGACGUAGCUUCCUUGAAAGAGCAGUUGGCAACUCUUAAGAAACACAACGAAAAAUUUGUCUUGGAAAACACAGAGACUAAAGAAUGCCUUCACAGGGCGAACACUGAAAUGGCGGAGCUUGGCAUUCAGAUUUGUACCCUGACGUCGGAAAAUGAAGAUGCCAAACAAAAGUGGACCAGCAUUUCUCAUCAGCUGCAGGAGCUGAAUGAAGAAGCUGCAAAAGAGAUGGACAGGUUGAACGCCAGCAUGGCUGCCCUCAGGCAGGAGAACGAUAGUUUGCAGGAGGAGCUAAGGCAGUCUGAAAGCCUUACAUCCACCAUCCUAGACUUGCAGUCAAAGUUGGAGAAAGCUGAAAGGCAGGUGAAGAAUCUCCAAGACUCAUCUAAAGAAGAGGUUUCUGCUGUAAAGUUUCAAAUGAGCAGUGAGAUCAUAAAUCAUCAGAAUCAGAUCAAGAAUUUCAAAGAAGAUUUGGAAACAGUGAAAGAACACCUGAAAGCAGAACAAGAAAAGGUUUCUGACCUGAAGGCAAAAGUUUCUGAAUUAAAGGCUGUAAGCACGGAAUAUACCCAGCAGAUUGAGGAGAAAACGGCAGAGGUGUCCCGAUCGGAAUUGGUGAUCCAGCAAAGCAACGAAGAGCUGGAGCGCGUGAAAGAAAGUUUGGCCAGAGCACAGGAGGCGUUAUCAUCUGCACAGAAAGAGAGCCAGGAAUUAAGUGAAAAACUCAAUAACCUCAUGACAGAAAAAGAAAAGAAUGACCUUCAAAUGUCAGCUGAAAUCGACGAUCUGUACAGAACCAAGAAAAACCUUGAGGAGCGACUGAUUGAACUCAUCAGGGACAAAGAUGCCCUCUGGCAGAAGUCGGACGCCCUGGAGUUCGAGCAGAAGCUGCGAGCGGAGGAGCGCUGGCUCGUGGACAAGGAGGUCAACCAUUGCCUCGGGUGUCAGAGUCCGUUCACAUGGUGGCUUCGCCGGCACCACUGCAGGCUCUGCGGGCGGAUAUUUUGCUACUACUGCAGCAACAACUUUGUGAAGACUAAGCACAGUGGGAAGAAGGAACGGUGCUGCAGGGAGUGCUAUAUGCAGCACAGUGCGGUGGUAGAAAGGCUCCCUGCGGCCGAGGUGGCCAGCCCUCCGGAAACACCCACCGAUUCCCCCAAGGACCUAGGCCAGCUGCCACGGAGACUGACACCCAGCGUCGUAGUAACAGAUGCUGCUCCAAAGCCAGAUGAUGCUGUCUUUGACAUUAUCACAGAGGAGGAGGUGAAUGGAAUUUAUGACAGUGAUUCAGUGAGAGAUUCACCAGAUAGUACCAGAGAGAUGGAGGGUCAACAGAGAUCUCCAGAGGUAAAUGCAGCCGUGGGUGAGUCCACUCCUGAUGAUCUAGGUGAGCAAAUGCCCACUGUGCAAGAUGCUGAGAUCUGCCUCCUGAAGUCUGGAGAGCUGACACUAACGGUUCCUUUGACCAUCGAGACGAUCAUGCAGUUUGGAGAAGGAGGCAGAGAGCUGUUCAUCAAGUCCAGUGGCUACAGUGUGAUCCCUAUUGAUGUGGAGGAAGCUGGUCCUACAAUCAGCUGGGUGUUUUCAUCUGAGCCAAAGAGCAUUUCCUUUAGUGUCGUGUAUAAAGAAUCUGGAGAUUCCCCAAUAGAACAGGCCAAAGUUUUAAUUCCCUUGACCCGCUGCAAUUCUCACAAAGAGACCAUUCAAGGACAGCUGAAAGUCAGGAAUCCAGGAACUUACAUGCUCAUUUUUGACAAUUCAUUUUCAAGAUUCAUCUCAAAGAAGGUUCUUUACCACUUGACUGUGGAGAAGCCCAUAAUCUACGAUGGAAGUGACUUUCUAUAAUCUGAGAGAUUUUCACGGCGCUUUGUUUGACUUGUUUUUUAUUCUCUCUCUUUCUUGUGUUCUUUGGUAGGAUUGUGUAAUUAAGGGGUUUUAUAGGAUUGUGGCUGUCUUCUUAUGGAGACCACUAUUUAUAGACAAAGCCUAAAGGCUAUGUAAUAUACUGUAAUGUGUCACUCAUGCACUACCAAAGGUCUAUAAAACCUGAAACAAGUAAUCUAUGCAACAUUAGUUUUACAAAGACAUUUCCAUAUCCACAAAUAUUGACUAUUCAGAGUGGUGUGCGAAACACAAAUCGCGAUGGAUCGGGUUGCACUGAAGUAUACAUUUUUAACCAGGCUUCUCAAAUAUGUUAGUAGAGUAGGUAUAUUAUUGGUGUUUUUUCAAAUAGAAAAAAUACACUAGGAGAAUUAGAUCAGACUUUAAAGACAUAAACCUCUUUAUGAACUACAUUACAUUUGUUUUCUAAAUAAUCCAAAGUGAUUCAAUAUGUACAGAAGUAGUAAAUACUACGAAGUAGCCAUACUUUUUUCUGAACGGUUUUAAGUGUUUAUUCAGUGGCUAAUUCGGAGAUUAAGAAUCCAAGCAGUCUAGAACAAUGUUGCAAACACUUGCUCCUGUAAUUAUUUUGAAAUAUCAAAUCUUAAGUUUUUAUAACUCAUUGCUUUCUUCAAAAUGUAGACAUUUCUUGUGUUAAGAUGCACAUUUUUUACAUAGCAGUUUAUUACACUUACUCAACUGAAGUUCAGACAAAAAGUAUGAAAACAGGACAUUUAACAAAAGCGGGUGAUAUUUUAGUAUCUGUUUAAAAAGACUUGGAAGAGGCAGUCACUGCUGUGUGUCACCCAUGUAUUUUAAGGUUUACGUAAAGUUAAAUUGGAGAUGUCUGCCAGGUUUGUGAAAUAUCGCAAAAAUCUAAAGGUAAUAUGGCUAUCUUUUGUACAAGCACUAUAUACAAUGCAAUUCCGUUACCUACUCUUUCAACCAUUUAAGCACGUUCCUACACUGUAAAAAUACAUGUGCUUGCAGUGGGAUUUAUAUAGAUAAAAUUAUUUGGGAAUAGUAGUACUUUCAUUAUUCAGAGUAGAUGGUAUGUUAUUCAUAUUUAUUUGUUGCUACAUAGGUGAUGAUGGUUUUGUAGCUUGGAAUAUUGGGGGUAGUUUUUAAUAGCCAACUAAAGCAUUUAAGACUAAUUUUCUUGUGUUUAUGAAAUCUGACAACACUAAGUGACUGUUUUGAGUCUGUUUUCUGGCUAACACUGCCCUAUGAGGAUAAACCCAAAGUCUUUUUUUGAGAAAAUUAAUACUCAGAUAUUUGAAUUUUCUCGAAUACUGCAUCUUUUACAGUGCAAUUCCGUUACUGUAUUACUUAAUCGAUUUUUUAUAUAUAUAUAAACACACAGUUGUUUCCAUUUUCCAACAUUUUAAUGGUUUUCUAAAUUCAAUGCUGCUUUAUAUGAAAAUGGAUAUAUACAAUAUAUAUUUAUAAAAUACUAUAUAUUUUUUAUGAAAGCCACAGCUUUAUGCUACACUUUGGGAAAAGUGUUGAUUUAUGCACUCUUGCACAUUUUAAACAAUGUUCUAAGCAUUAUUCUAAAGCCUAAACUUACUCAAGACAGUUAAGUGAGGCAGGUUAAUUGUUAAAAAAAAAACUGACAUGGGUUUCACUGGGGGACACUGUGAGCAAUAUUCUGCCUCUGUGGAGACAUGGUGUAUGAGAUCUGUCGAUGGUGUCGGAGAGCAGGGGUAAAUUCAGCCAUAAAAAUAAAGGUGUCUUUGUAACAGUA